AUGGCAGACAAGACGAGCACAAGGGACGACGAUGUGGCUCGCGGUUUCGUUGAUGAGGACUUCCCGCAAGAUGAGGACAAGAAGCCAUCUCCCUCCUUCAUUCCGCUUCCACUGCCCCAGCUCACCGACGAGCCCCAGACCCUCCCCGACUGCUGUCUGAGCCUCUCCUUCCCUCUACUCCGGGAGCUUCACGGCCGCCUUCCGCCCGCGCCGCACCUCACUCUUUCGAUCGGCAGCGGCACCGGCCUCGUCGAGGGCCUCCUGCAUGCCCUCGCGUCGUCGUCGUCGUCGCCACCGCACGCGACGCUCAAUCUCGUCAGUGUCGAGGUCGCGCCCAGCCCGAACCGGUAUCACGCGGCUCACCGCACCGUCCCGGGCACCUGGGCGCUCGACCCGUUGGCGGGGGAGGCGCGGGCGUGGGUGUUUGUGUACCCGAAGCAGGUGGCCCUGGUGCGCGAGUACAUGGCCGCGUUCUCAGGGGAAGAGGGGUGCGCGGUGGAGACGGUGGUAUACAUCGGGCCGCGGCGGGACUGGGACGAUUUCCGGGCCGCGUUCGAGGGGUUCGCGAGAGACGUCGAGGUCUGGGACGAGGAGAAGAUGGAGGCGGUCGGGGGCAGGGCGUGGGAGUGCGUUGCUAUUGUGAGGCCGGAGAAGCGCAGGAGGUCUUCUCCGGAUUCGUAA